AGAUCACUCAUGCAUGAUAAUCCAGGUACGUUGUUAAUUAGACGUGCCGAAACUAAAAUAGACCACGUGACGGCGUGUGUUGUUAUUGAAUGAAAGUGUGUCUUCUGCCUACAGAGUGGUGACUCAAGAUGUGUGAGACCUCGGAAGCACUGUUGCAGUUUGCUCCCUUCAGUAGUGCGCUUGAUACUGGGUUUUGGCACAAGCUGAGUGAAAACAAAUUGAAUUUGUACAAAUUGGAUGACAAACCUAAGAAUAUAUCAGGAUACUAUUAUAAUGGGGAUCCAAGUGGUAUGCCUAGUAGAUUAUGUUUGGAGUUUGAUGCAUUUGAAAAGACCAAAAGAGUGCCACCACACUGUUUUCUGUGCAAUGGAACGUUGUUUAACACCAACACAUUAGAUGAUUUUAAGACAUUGGACAAGAAGAAUCUAAUGGAGACUUGUGCCCAGCAGAUGUGGACAGAUAUAACAUCAGGGAAAGCCAUAGAGGACCCAAGUAUAUUAUCACAGUUUCUGUUGUUGACAUAUGCUGAUCUAAAAAAGUACCAAUAUUAUUACUGGUUUGCUUUUCCUGCUAUUUGCUUGCCUGAGGGCGCUAGACUAAUUAAAAAGCCUGUGCGGUUAGACCAAGAUUGGACAGAAUCAAAGGUAAAUUGCUUCCAGACCGCUUAUGAUGCAUUUAGUAAACAGCAUCCUGGAGUUGGAUUCUUCCUCAUCAAAGAUGUCGAUGAUGACAUCAACCUCUCACCACUCAGGAAUUGGAAAGACUAUUUUAACAAUCAGAAGAAGGUUUCAGUAGGCUUUUGUGACCCUUGUACUCUAGACACCAAUCCCGGCUGGCCUCUUAGGAAUCUUCUAGCCCUCAUCUCAUUCCAAUGGGCUCACAGUUUUGAUGAAAUCGAAGUCAUUUGUUUUCGUGAUAGGACACGUGAAGGAAAACGUACCAUAGGCCACAGUCUAGUUCUUAAAAUUAAAAUAGUUUCAACAAAAAAUCAAACAGUUUGUCCAAAAUGUGUUGGUUGGGAAAAAAACUCAAAGCAGAAGUUAGCACCGAGAAUGGUGAACCUGAGUUCCAGUAUGGACCCUGCACGACUUGCUGAAUCGUCAGUGGACCUCAAUUUGAAGUUAAUGAGAUGGCGUCUGCUGCCCUCUCUUGACCUGGACAAAGUAGCACAAACACGGUGUCUUUUACUUGGGGCUGGAACACUAGGAUGUAAUGUGGCUAGAAAUUUAUUGGGUUGGGGUGUAAGAAACAUAACGUUUGUGGACAAUUCACGGAUAUCGUACUCCAAUCCGGUUCGUCAGAGUCUGUUUGAGUUUGAGGAUUCGCAGGCCGGUGGUAAACCCAAGGCAGAAACAGCAGCAGAGAAACUUAAAAGGAUAUUCCCAGGAGUGAAUGCUGUUGGAUAUGACUUCUCCAUUCCAAUGCCUGGACAUGCAAUAGGAGCGUCAGGUGAAGCAUUGGAUAGGGUGAGGGAGGCAGUUGAGAAACUGGAAGAGCUGAUUGGUAGUCAUGACGCUGUGUUUCUACUAAUGGAUACAAGAGAAAGUAGAUGGUUACCAACCCUAAUAGCUGCUAGUAAGAGAAAGCUUGUUAUCAAUGCAGCGUUGGGGUUUGAUACAUUCAUGGUUGUUCAUCAUGGACUCAAAAAGCCUAAGGUAGAAGCACCAGCACCAGAACAGACAGUAGCAGAAGGAGCAGGCUCCGCUCUUGCAUCUAAAAGUGAUGUCAUGCCAGGUGGAGGUGCAGCAGCGGAGGCUGAUCCAGAGAGAGCUACAGCAGAGGCUAAGCCCAAGGAAGCUACUGGAGCCGAGGCUGAGUCUGAGGGAGCUACAGUGGCAGAAGCCAGGACAAUUCCAACAUCUAAUAUCUUGAAUACUGUAAUCCAUGGCCACCAGUUAGGUUGCUACUUCUGUAACGAUGUAGUUGCCCCCGGUGAUUCGACCAAGGACCGUACCCUUGACCAGCAGUGUACCGUGUCUCGGCCUGGAAUGUCGAUGAUAGCAGCAGCCCUUGCCGUAGAGCUUCUCGUAACUAUUCUCCAACAUCCGUCUGGGGGAUACGCAUCAGCUGACACCAGCUCGAAGGAUGAUCACAUGACCUCAGAAGCAUCUUCACCUCUUGGUCUUGUUCCACAUCAGGUAUCCUUUCACAAGGGAGAAACUAGAUAAUCUGCCAAACGAGACCUAACUUCAUAGGCCUUGUGUGAAGCGACCCAUCAAGCGAGUUUGCACGCUGUCCAAACCGCUUCCAGUCUGUCGGCUAGAAUUUAACACACAGUUGAGUUGGUCCGUGGUUGAUCCGCUUGAGACGGCUCCAGUUGGCUCUGUCUUUUUUGGCCGAAAAAUAUAUAAAUAACAUUCUAAAAUCUGCAUUUUACUUUCAAUCAGCACCGAAUUCAAAGAUGAUUGAGAUAAAUGUAACAAUGUCAACAUGGGGAAAUUUGAAAAGUAAACCGGUUACUUAGUUUUUGAGUUGUGUGCCCAGAAGGACACACAAACACGCACCAUAGCAGUACCUGUCAUCUCUCCUUUGGAGGGGCAAGCUUAAUAAACACACAUUUGCUUUACACUUUAACUAAAUCUUUAAUAUGAAUUAAGAACUAUUAAUUAUUAAUUUUUCUCGUUGCUCUUGAUGAUGCUCAGGUUAGAAAGAGCUAAAACAUAGGACAAGAAUGCAGAACGAAUUUAGUUAACCAUCAUGUGUGUUCUUGUUCUAUAUUUUGGUGGGUUUUUUUUGUUUUGUUUUUUACGGAGCGUACUUAGAGGUAUCACAAACACAAUGCUACAAACUCAAAGACUGAUGCACCAAUGUUUAAUACAGUAUUUUUUUACUUUUAAUUUUAUUCAAAAACAACGUCAUGUAAGAAACAAUUACAACUCAUGGCCAAUGGCCAAAUUGUUCUGGCCUGAACAUAUUUCAGCUGAUGACCAUUCCCGAUUUCAUGUUUUACAUUCUAAGUCAUUGUAAAUCGAAAGCUCCCAAUGGCAUUUCAAAGAAUUUGACCCUUGGCCCUAAAAUUGGAAUGCAAGCAUCUUCUAUGAAGCUACAACAGUACAACUCAAUAGUUGUACCAUAUUAUAUAAUAUUCUGCCCUUUUUGUUCCCAUAAAAUGUCAGACUAUUAUAUCAUCAGCAAAAAAUA